CGGCUGAAGCCCCUAGGCGGCGGGAGUCCGAUGCCCCGAUAGUCAGGCGGCCUUUCAGUGGGCUAGAACAGGGAGCAUGCGGGCUGUUCCCACCUGGAUAGACAGGGUACACGACAGGGAGAAGGUCGAGCAGUGUAUUUAUGACAUUGCAUUCAAACCGGAUGGAACUCAACUGAUAGUAGCAGCAGGAAACAGAGUUCUGGUAUACGAUACUUCUGAUGGAACUCUCAUUCAACCACUCAAGGGACACAGGGACACUGUCUACUGUGUGGCCUAUGCUAAAGAUGGUAAGCGAUUUGCAUCCGGUUCCACUGACAAGAGCAUUAUAAUCUGGACCUCUAAACUAGAAGGCAUCUUGAAAUAUACACAUAAUGAUUCCAUUCAGUGCAUUGCGUACAACCCAGUCACUCACCAACUGGCUUCCUGUUCCUCCAGUGACUUUGGUUUGUGGUCUCCAGAGCAGAAAUCUGUCUCCAAGCACAAAGUCAACAGCAAAAUCACCUGCUGCAGUUGGACAAAUGAUGGUCAGUACUUGGCCAUCAGCCUGUUCAGCGGUAUUGUCAGUAUCCGAAGUAAGAGUGGAGAAGAGAAAGUGAGAAUUGAGCGACCUGGUGCUGUGCCAAUCUGGUCAAUUUGCUGGAAUCCAUCUAAAGAUGAACACACUGACAUCCUAGCUGUGGCAGAUUGGGGGCAGCGGCUUUCCUUCUACCAACUCAGUGGCAAACAGAUUGGAAAAGACAGGGCACUGAAUUUUGACCCCUGCUGUGUCAGCUACUUCACAAAAGGAGAAUAUAUCGUGAUGGGAGGCUCCGAUAAGCAAGUCUCUUUGUACACGAAAGAUGGAGUUCGCCUUGGUAACAUUGGAGAACAGCAAUCCUGGGUGUGGACCUGCAGGGUGAAGCCAGACUCCAAUUAUGUUGUUGUAGGCUGCCAAGAUGGUACAAUUGCCUUUUACCAAAUCAUUUUUAGCACGGUGCACGGUCUGUACAAGGACCGCUAUGCUUAUAGAGACAGCAUGACUGAUGUCAUUGUCCAACAUCUCAUCACAGAGCAGAAAGUGCGGAUCAGAUGCAGGGAACUAGUGAAGAAGAUUGCUAUCUAUAAAAACCGACUAGCAAUCCAGCUACCGGAAAAAAUCCUGAUCUAUGAGCUCUUUUCAGAAGAUAACACUGACAUGCAUUACCGCGUGAAGGAGAAGAUUGCUAAGAAAUUUGAAUGCAACCUAUUAGUUGUAUGCUCCCAGCACCUUAUCUUGUGCCUGGAGAAGAGAUUGCAGUGCUUGUCAUUCAGUGGUGUGAAGGAGAGAGAAUGGCUAAUGGAGUCACUCAUUCGCUACAUUAAGAUCAUCGGAGGACCAUCAGGAAGAGAAGGCCUGUUAGUUGGUCUAAAGAAUGGGCAGAUUCUGAAAAUAUUUGUUGACAACCCAUUUGCCAUUGUGCUUCUUAAGCAAGCCACCUCUAUACGCUGUUUGGACAUGAGUACAUCACGCAACAAACUGGCUGUGGUGGAUGAACACAACACUUGCCUGGUAUAUGACAUAAGUACCAAAGAACUCCUUUUCCAGGAGCCAAACGCUAACAGUGUGGCUUGGAACACCCAGUGCGAAGAUAUGCUUUGUUUUUCUGGUGGCGGUUUUCUCAACAUCAAAGCCAGUAAUUUUCCAGUGCACCAGCAGAAGCUCCAAGGCUUUGUGGUGGGAUAUAAUGGCUCCAAAAUUUUCUGCUUGCAUGUGUACGCUAUGUCUGCAGUCGAGGUCCCACAGUCUGCACCCAUGUACCAGUACUUGGAAAAGAAGAUGUAUAAGGAAGCCUAUCAAAUUGCUUGCUUGGGAGUAACAGAGAAUGACUGGAGGGACCUGGCGAUAGAGGCCUUGGAAGGGAUGGACUUCGACACUGCUAAAAAGGCAUUUAUAAGAGUGCGAGACCUCCGCUAUCUGGAGCUUAUUAGCAACAUUGAGGAGCGUAAAAAACAUGGUGAGAGUGACAAUGAGCUGUUUCUAGCAGACGUGCAUGCCUACCAGGCCAAGUUCCACGAGGCAGCUAAGCUCUACAAGAAGACAGGAAAUAAUAGUCGAGCCUUAAAUAUGUAUACUGACCUAUGCAUGUUUGAUUAUGCCAAGGAUUUCCUUGCCUCAGGCGAUCCCAAGGACACUAAGAUGUUGAUUACUAAACAAGCAGACUGGGCCAGGAACAUCAAUGAACCAAAAGCAGCAGCAGAAAUGUAUCUCUCUGCGGGGGAACAUCUAAAAGCGAUUGAGAUCAUCGGGGACCAUGGUUGGGUUGAUAUGUUAAUUGAUGUAGCUCGAAAACUAGACAAGGCUGAGCGGGAACCCCUAUCAAGAUGUGCCUAUUUUUUAAAGAAGCUGCAGCAUCCUGGAUAUGCGGCGGAAACAUAUAUGAAAAUGGGAGACCUGGAGGCUCAGGUCCUGCUGCAUGUGGAGACCAGGCACUGGGAGGAGGCCUUUACUUUAGUGGCUCAGCACCCAGAAUUCAAGGACACUGUGUAUGUGCCAUAUGCACAGUGGCUGGCAGAAAAUGACCAGUUUGAAGAAGCUCAAAAAGCAUUUCACAAGGCUGGCCGGCAAGGUGAGGCAGUCAAGGUUCUGGAACAGCUGACUCAUAAUGCAGUUUUGGAAAGUCGGUUCAAUGACGCUGCCUAUUAUUAUUGGAUGUUGUCUAUGCAGUGCCUGGAUAUAGCUCGAGAAAAUGCAGAGAAGCAACUCGAGAUGCUUAAAAUGUUUCACCAUUUCCAGCACCUGGCAGAACUCUACCAUGCAUACCACUCAAUCCAGAGAUACACGGAUGAACCUUUUAGUUCCCACUUACCUGAAGCGCUCUUCAACAUUUCCAGAUUUUUACUUCACAAUCUUACAAAAGAAACUCCUUUGGGCAUCUCCAAGGUUAAUACUUUAUAUGCUCUUGCCAAACAAAGUAAGGCGCUGGGUGCGUACAAACUGGCUCGGCAUGCCUACGACAAACUACAGGGCCUGCGCAUUCCUACCAGGUUUCAGGAGUCCAUCGAACUAGGUAGCUUGACGAUUCGAUCCAAGCCAUUCCAUGAUAGUGAGGACUUUGUACCUAUGUGCUAUAGGUGUUCAACUAACAACCCACUACUCAACAACCAGGGAAACGUGUGCAUCAACUGUCGGCAGCCCUUUGUGUUCUCUGCUUCCUCCUAUGAGGUGCUGCCGCUUGUUCAGUUCUAUUUGGAAGAAGGGAUUACGGAUGAGGAAGCAGUGGCCCUGAUUGAUCGUGAGGUGCCCAGGACAGAACUGAAAAAGGACGGGUGGCAAGAAAAGAACAUUGGCGAUGCACAGACUCUACAGCUUGAAGACAGUAUGGCCAAGAUUGAGGCAGAUCCAUUCACUGCAAAACUGAGCUUUGAGCAAGGAGGCUCAAAUUUUGUCCCUGUGAUUGUGAAUAGGGAAGUUCUGCAAUCAAUGAGCAGGAGGGAUGUUCUGAUUAAACGCUGGCCAAAGCCGUUAAGGUGGCACUACUAUCGAUCACUGUUACCUGAUGUCUCCAUUACCAUGUGCCCUAUAUGUUUCCAGAUGUUUCACAGUGAAGACUAUGAAUUGCUCGUUCUUCAGCACAACUGCUGUCCAUACUGUCGCCGGCCAAUAGAUGAACCCAGCCUAUGAUCAACAUGGCACAACUAAAGAUUAAUCAUUAAACCAUUCCUUUAGCAUGGGAAUCUCUGCCCUAAGAAUUUUGCAGCAGUUGUUAAUUGUAUUUAAGGCAGCAACUGUUGUACCUUGGUCUGCUGCACACUGACCCUCCAGAACAGGCUGCAUAUGUGUCCGUGGGACAUUCAGGUUUUGUGUUCAGCUUUCUAAAAUCAUAGUGGCAGCCUGUAAGUGAAAAAUUCAUUCCCAUAAUCUGAAAUGUUACUGUUCUGCUAUUGAUUGAAUAUGAAAUGAAACCGAUGAGGAUUGUACCUUACAUGAUAAAUGUGGAUUUAACUGAAA